GAAUGUUAAUAAACAUAUAAUGUAUAACAAUUAAUUAAAUAUUUAAUAUCUCAAAUUAAAAAUUAAUAAGCAUUAAAGUAAACAUAUAAUGUAAUUACAUAAAUAUUUAAUACAUAUACUUUAUUUAAUGGCUAUUUAAUUAUAAUGUAAUUGCUUUAAGAAGAAUACAAUAUUAUAUUAUAACAAUUUCACUGCAUUAAUUUUUAUUAUAAAAAAGAAUCGAUAUUCCCUUAUAACCGAUUUUCCUUGUUCUGUCAUUUGAUGUAGCUCAGAGUAGAGCAAAGUAAUUAAAUUCCACGUUGUUAUUAGUAUUACACUUACCAAAUAAGAUGCCUUGUCCCCUGUUAGCAGAUUCUAUCACUCUAGAAUUGGAAGCACAAGAGCCAUGGCCACAGCCAAUUACUUUGUAUCAACCAUAUGAAGUUGAACAAAUAUUAUUACCUGACAAUGCAAAUUGUUUAGCUGUACAAGCUUUCCUUAAAAUGUGUGGCCUUGAUUUUCAAAUAGAACCAAGAAGCAAUGCAGAAUAUAUGUCCCCAUCUGGCCGCGUACCAUUUAUUAAAUGUGGGGCAUUUUUAAUAUCUGAAUUUGACAAUAUCGUAUCAUUCAUAGGGAAUAAAGGCAGAAGUUUGUCAGACCAUUUAUCUGCAACUUGCAAAGCAGACAUGAGGGCUUAUAUGUCAUUAGUGAAUAAUGUUUUUGUAAAUGCUGAGCUAUAUAUCUGUUGGGUUGAUGAACCAACUUUGAAUGAAGUAACUAAAGUAAGGCAUGGUAGUGUAUAUCCAUGGCCAUUAAAUCACUUUUUAAAUUGGCAAAAAAGAAAGGAAGUGAUAAAGAAACUCAAUGUACUUGGCUGGUAUAGUAAAACUAUAGAAGAAGUAUGUAAGGAGGUUCAAAAUUGCUGUACAGCAUUGUCUGAAAGAUUGGAGGGUAGUGAUUAUUUUUCUGGAGAGAAGACACCUAAUGAAUUGGAUGCCCUAGUUUUUGGACAUAUUUUUACGAUAGUCACAACACCGCUACCUGGUAACAAACUAGCAAAUAUUGUCCAGAGCUAUCCACUGCUAGUGCAUCUCUGCAAACGCAUUGAAACUAGCAUUUUUUCUCCUCAAGAGAUACGGGUGAAAUAAAGUAACAAAAUGUUGGAGGCGAGAAUUAAGUAAUACGACUUUGGAGAUUUCUAAAUAUAUGUUCUUGGAAAACGACAGGAAUGCAUAACCGAUAAAAGGUAUCUGUAAAUUAGGCGUUUUACAAAAAUAUUUGUCAGAUAUUGUUAGAAACGAUAAUGUUAAAUCAUUGUUUAUUUCUCCAAUGACAAUUGUUUUCAAUGUAUUUUUGUCAGCAUUUAUUUUUAACUUAAAUAAUUGAAGAGAAUUAUGUACAAUAACAACCAUUCUGAUAUUAAGUAUAACUAUAUAUGUGUUAAUUGACAAUAAGUAUCUUUUUAUCAUAAAAAUUGCAUAUAUUUAACUAAUAAUAUUUGUUAUUUUGUGUGCAUUUUAAAUAACUUAUUCACAUUUUGUUUUAAUUUUAUUUUAAUUGAAAGUUUAUAUUAGCUACAUGAACUAAUUUAUACUUAUGUGUAAAAAGUAUUUAUGUCAUUACUAAUGUGCAUUGUUUUCAAUGUACAUCUGUAUUACAUAGAUAUCUUUUACACGUUAUAAUAAAACUCUACUUGUCUAGUCAGUUCAUUAUAGCAUACUUUUCUGUGUGAAAUUGUAAAACAUUCUUAGAUAUCAUAUGUAAAAUAAUAUAAUUAUGUAUAAUAAGAGCUAAAUUAAAUCUAAGUUAUUGGAAUAAUGUUCGAAUUAUUUUUUUUUUCAUAUUCUUAAUUGAAUUGGAAGAUGAAUAUUUAAUACUAAUUACGCAAUUAUGAGUUAUCUCGUAUAAAUAUUAAAAUAUGUCUGUUACAUAUUUCUUGUCUCCAGCGUUUAGUUACAGUAAAUACUAAUUAUAUUCACCUUCAAAUUUUUUAUUAAAAUUUGUAUACUUAAUAGAGAGAAUGUAAAUUUUUUGAUUUCUUUCAAAAUAUUGUUUACAGUUCAAUGCUUUCACAUAUAGGAAUAUCGUUAAAUAAACACUGUUUAUCUCCUUAUUGCAACAAUUUAUAUCUGAAUAUAUUCAUUUUUUAGUGAUAAAUAAAAGAAUAAAUAAUAUAAAGACUUUCUUCAUACAUAACAAGCAUGUAUUUUCCUCCCUACUGUUAUUAUUUUUAUUUCUUAAUAGUAUCUUUCAAUAACAAAUACUAUGUAAGAGCUACUAUUAUAAUAUGCAUGAGAAUACAAUUUGAUUAUUCUAAAGAAAACAUAAGCAGUUUGCAAUUUGUUAUUCAUUGAAAUUAUAAAAAGAUAUGUAGAAAAAGAAAAAUACAUACAGCGAUUUACAAUGAUAAAAUUAAAUUAGUGAAGUCAUUUCCAAUAUUGCACGAUGUGAUUCGUAGAAAAUUAUAAUGAUUAUCUUGAUUGAGGCUUGUUAGAUAAUGAUCUAAUCAUUAUCUUAUACUUCAAAGGAACUCAAAAAAUUAAUAGAAGAAGCAAAAAAAUUUAUCCAAUACAGGACAAUUGAAGUUUUACAUCUUUUAUAAUAAAGAUUGAUAUUACACAUCUGUAAAUUCGUGAUGUGAAGUGUGCAUACAAUCUUGAAGUAUAGUAAACACUACAAGAUGUAACAAGUUUACAGUUUUACUAAAUUGUGGCGUUUUGAUAUAAAUUUCUGGCUAUGAAUUACACGCAAUUCUUUAAUUCUAUUAGACAUAGCAGGAUAUAGCGAUAUAAUUGUCUCACGCACGUUUAUACAGAUACAUACACAUCACAUGUACUCGUAAUUAAAAAAUUAUGAAUAUAUGUAUAUAUGUAUGCACUUAAAGAACUUGUAAUCUACACUGAUUUAUACUUGCAGUGCUCAACUGAAAAGUUUAAACAUUCAUACUUUCAAUAUAUUGAUUAAAAAUAAUCAGAUUGAGAUCAUAUUUAUUUAUAACUAAACUUAAAUAUAGAAGACAUUACAUCUUUCCAGAAGACUAAUUGUAUAUAUAUAUAGCUAUAUAGCAAAAAAUAUUAUAAAUUUAACAAUAAUUAUUUGCAAAAUGACAACUAUAGACAAUAAUAAUCAUUUGUCGUAUGUUUAAAAUUUAUAGAAUAUCAUUUUAUGUAACUAAAAACAGAAUUACUUGUGCGAAAAUAUUUAAUCAAACACAAUAAGUCUGAAGUUGUUAAUUAUAAUUUUGAUUAAUGCAAAAAGUAGUUUUAUUCUGAAAGUAUAAGUUUAAUAUUCCUAUUUUCUUUCUUUUUCUUUUUUACUUUGUUAAUAGGUACGACUUCUGCUAUGUGUGGACUAUGCUCAGAAAUAAAAACUAGCGAUAACGGAAGUUAUUCGAAAAUGGAA